AUGGAUGAAAUUAUCAAAAGAGUGCGCAGGGGAAUAGGCUACAGAAUGGGUAACAGGGAAAUUCAAAUUCUCUGCUACGAAGAUGAUGCAGUGAUUAUGGCCGAAAGUGAAGAUGACCUUCAGAGACUCCUGCAUGUUUUCAAUACCACGGCAAAAAAAAUCAUGCUGAUCUCGGUCGAGAUAACCAAGUGUAUGUCUAGGGAACCUUUAAGAGGCAAACUGGAGGUAGAUGGUAAGGUUAUCAAGCAUGAGUCAUCAUUUGGAUACCUGAGUCAAGUCGCUAGGGCCAAUAAAGUGGCAGGAUGUUUGAACAACACGAUCUGGAAGAACAGAAAUCUCCGAAUGGAAACAAAGACCCCUAUUUACAAGACGACCAUCAGGCCAAUCAUGAUAUACACCGCGGAGACGAGACCAGAUACAUUCAAAACUAGACGACUCUUGGAGACUACAGAAAUGCGAGUUCUAAGACGGAUAACAGGCAAAACAAUGAGAGAUAGAGAACGGAGUGAAAACAUCAGAAGAGAAUGUAAGACGAAAAAUAUUAACGAGUCGGUGAAAGGAAGGAAAAUGGAAUGGAACCGGCACAUUGGACGAAUGACAGAGGACAGAUUGGUGAGAAUUGCAAGAGAUAUGUCACCAAGUGGGAGGCGAAGUGUUGGCCGUCCUAGAAAGAGAUGGAGUGAUGACAUCGACCUGAGAUGA